GUAUCCAGCCAACAGACGACCUGCUGGGUAAACAACAGUGGAUACCUCGGAAGGCAGGAAUGGGAACUUCGUCGAGGACAAACAGUUUUGUGAGAUGCAGCGGACAGAGGCCUAGCAAUUGAUCUGAGUGCAUUUGGUGUUUGCACUGUGAGGACAAUCCUGUCACCAUGAAGAGUGAGGUGCCUUCUGAGGCCGCCAGCAGACAGGAGCAACUGAAGGAGCCACUGGUGAAUCCAGAGCCCAUGGAGGCAGCCAAGAGCUUUCCUAGUAACAUGGAGGUGAUUGGAAAGGCAGGUAGCGAUUUCGAAACCCUCUGUGAGUCCAGGCAUCGGCCCCUGAGGGACACUGGGGCGCACAGAGACUCGGAACGGAGCCUCCCUGGGCGCAGAAAAAGAAAAGGCCAACAGGCGGGGCCUUCGGACUGUUCGUUGAAGGGGGGUCACAUCAGUGAGAGUUCACUGGCUCCUCAGCGACCCAGAGUGGAACAUUUACAGCACCCCAGUGAGGACGAACAUAAUCACGAGUCCUCUUUUAGUGACUGUGCCUCCUCCCCUUCAUCCAGUCUUCGGUUCGGGGACUCGGACACUCUCAGCUCAGAGGACGACGGGGAGGCUGGCGCAACCGGGGGGCAACACAAAGCCCCCACCCUGGCAACGGGGGGGGUCGGAGGAGUUGCCCUGCGCCCCAUCCUGGGUCGAACUCGUUCGAAUCGCUCUCACAAGUGGGCGCGGUCCGAGGCCGAGCCUGUGCUGCUGAAGCGGCAGUGCCUCAGCAGCCGGCGGCCUCUGCAUAGGAAACGCUUCGUGAAAACCACCGGUGGUGGAACACCGCGGACUCAGAAGCAAAAGGAGCGACUAAUACUCCAGAGGAAGAAACGUGAAGUGAUUGCUCGUAGGAAAUAUGCGCUACUCCACAGCACAAGUAGUUCCAGCGACGAGCUGAGCAGCGACUCGUCCACACCUUCCUCCACCGAAGCGGAAGACGAGCUGUAUGUGGAUGUCAGCAGCACCAGCAGCCAGCCCAACAGUGCUACUGUCGCCUCUGGCGCUCUGGAUGAAGACGUGGUCGUGAUCGAGGCCUCUCCAGCUCCUGCUCCUGCUGUCCCUGCCAGUGAGGAGAUCAACGUCACCUCAACGGACAGUGAAGUGGAGAUCGUCACAGUCGGAGAGAGUUGCAGGUCGCGCCAAGUGGGAGGUCUUGGCAGGAUUUGGGGUAGUAGCUGCUCUCAGAACCGUCUCCAGGAGCCACGUGGACGUCACAGACUCUCCACCGUCAUCCAGCCGCUGCGCCAGAAUGCCGGGGAAGUGGUUGACCUCACUGUGGACGAAGAUGAUCUCACCGUGGUGCCGACGACCUCUAGCAGCGUUCACCCUCAAACAGUCAGGUCGUCGUCGUCGUCAUCCUCCCAUCAUGCCUCUACCUCAGAGCUCAAUGAUGCCCCAGGCCCUUCCACUAGCUGCCCAGGUUCAUUACCUGAUAGUAUGCACACGCAGAGGCCGAGCGGCUCGGCUCGAACGGCCACAGAGGAUGAAAGCACGCCGGGUUUGACUGGUGCGGCAGGUGAGAACGGCGGCACGGCCAUGCCCAGACUCCCGUCCUGCUGUCAGCAGCACUCCCCGUGCGGCGGUCCCUCCUCCGGCCACAUAUCCCUGAGCCUCUCGCACUCCAGCUGCCUGCAGGCGUCGUCCGCUCAGCAGGGCGGCGGCGCCCAGCACAGCCACAGCCACAGCAGCGCUCACCGCUUCCUCCUCCCCGUGAGCUUUCAAGAGACGUCCUGCCCCGUGGAGCGGCCCAGCGCCCUGCCGGCGCCCUGCGCCGGGGUCAGCGGCAGCAACGGCGGCGCCGGCAGCAACGCAGCCCACUACCAUGACCAGCAAACUCUGCCAGUGGAUCUGAGCAACAGCAGCGUCCGGAGCAGUGGAAACAGCGGGGCUAGUUUCCAUGGUAGCACCUCGGCCUUUGACCCGUGCUGCCCAGGAUCCACCUCGCGGCCUCCCGCCUAUGUCUCCCAUGCCACCCCUGGACCCAGCCAGCCAGCUGUGGCGGACUCGUUCAGCUCCUCCAUGGUGGCCCAGCCUCAGCCUCAAACACAGCCCCAGCCUUGCAGACAUUACAUGCAUCCAUCCUAUGGCUCUUUAACGCGCUCCCUGCAUCACCAGCCAUCCUCGGCCUGCCCCCACUCCCACGGGAACCCUCAGCUCACCCCCCAGCCCCCUCCACAGGGGGAUUAUGUCAUUCCCCACACCGUCACCUUCCACCCGCCGCUGCCCUCCCACCCCUCGGGCCACGCCGUGCCCCCCGCCCCUCCCCCUCCCCUGUCCACCCACCACCUCGCCACUUCAAGUGCCCCGCUGGCCCAGCACCUCCCCGCGGACCACCAGGCCCUGCCGCACCACAUGCCGGCGCUGGGGGCCUCCGUGCAGAGGCUCCACCAGCACGAGAUGCUGCAGAGGAUGGAGGUUCAGAGGCGCAGGAUGAUGCAGCAUCCCACGCGAGCACACGAGCGUCCACCUCCCCACCCCCACAGAAUGCACCCCAACUACGGCCACGGACACCACAUCCACGUGCCGCAGACCAUGUCUUCCCAUCCCCGCCAGCCCGAGCAGAGAACGGCAUGGGAACUCGGCAUCGAGGCUGGAGUAACAGUGGCACCGUACCCUUCGGGGCACCUGCACUCCCACCUGCCCCACUACCACCCUCCCCCCAGACUGCACCACUUCCCCAUCCCCUUCAUGCACACUGGCAUAUCUGAAGUGACCUACCCGCACAUUAGGUACAUCUCAUCUAGAAUGACUGGUUUUGGAAGAACCUAUGAGGACCUGCUGCAUUUAGAGGAACGACUGGGGACUGUGAACCGAGGAGCCUCUCAGGGAACCAUAGAGAGGUGCACUUACCCACACAAGUACAAGAAGAAGGUGUUGGAGAGAGACAUUGACCAACAGUUAACCCCUGAAGCUUGGGCAUCUAUUGGGAAAAAUAUGCACGCAACCCCAGAAUCGAGGAAGCUGCACGGCAAGCAGGACGAAGACGAGGGGGCAGACGAGGACACGGAGGAGAAAUGCACCAUCUGUCUGUCCAUCCUGGAGGAGGGGGAGGACGUCAGGCGUCUACCAUGUAUGCACCUCUUCCAUCAGCUGUGUGUGGAUCAGUGGCUCCUCACCAAUAAGAAGUGCCCCAUCUGCAGAGUGGACAUUGAGGCGCAGUUGUCUGCUGAGAGUUGAUGCUGUUUUUUUCCCCCCUUUUUUUGUUUUGUUUUGUUUUUUUCUAACAAGCCCCCUUUUGUUGAAAUUUUAUUUUGAGAUCAUAUGAUUUUUUUUUCUCUUCAGUACUGCAGUCAACCAAAGAUGGCAUGAAUGACCUGCGCAGCUCUACUAUGAGAAAAUACAAAAACACCCUGACGAAAAAGCAUCGAGCCCAGAGUGCCAGCUAUCACCUAUUAUUACAACAGCUAGAAUUCUCCAUUAAAGGUUUAAGAUUUUAUUGUAUUUAUAAAGCUUUUAUGUAGCUUUCGAUUGUUUCCUCAAGUGUCAUUUCUUUCUUUCUUUCUUUUUCUUUUUUUUUUUUUGUUUCUCUGCAUGUUUCCUUGCAAUGCAUUUCUUUGCACAUAUAACGUGGGCUUCACACAGCCUGACAGGUUGCAGGUGAGGAUAGCUGCUCUAGUAAAGAUGCAUUUCUGUAAAACCCAAUGCCUUUGCUUUACUAGAAUAGAAUGUCAACCUCCGGUUAAAAAAAAAAAACAAAAAUACAAAACUGCAUUGCAGGAUUCAUUUUACCAGUCAUUGUAUUGAUUAGUUUAUGUUUAGAAGCUGUGGAUUGUUAGUGAAAGAUGUUUUUUUUUUCUUUUUUUUUCUUUUUUUAAGUAAGUCAAGACAUUCCUAACUAGGGAAAUAUGUUAACAGAUCAGCUGCUGUAUUAGUGCACACCCAGUAUUCCUAGAGUGGAAAUAAACUCUGAUGUUCACCUCACUCCCAGAAUAUGCACAUGCUUUGCUGCGACGACACCUCCCUCCGACUAAAGCUCCGUUCUCACCAUCGUCCCAUGUACUUUAGAGGAAAAAACAAAAACAAAACAAAAGAAUGUCGCGUCCCUCUUCUUGACUGUUCUUUCUAAACUGAUUGUCGGGAUCUGCUGUGAACCUUCUCUUCGUUUCGUUCGGGGCUUCCCUCCCCGCGCAGACAGACGGGCCUGCGGCGACGCUUAACUGGGGUUCUAUGUGAGAUGAUCUCAGGUCUACAUGUGUUUAAGAAGUUUCGCACGAGCCUGCAACCUGGGAUCAUGUUGUCAAUCUGAUACUGGCUGUGGCGUUGGCUUUUCAUUUCCUGUUGGAGCGCGUGUGUGUGUGUGUGCGUGCGCGUGUCUGUGUGCGUGCGAGCAUGUGUGUCUAAUUUGAGAUAAAUAUUUACUGUUUGUUCUCACACUUAAAUCCGUUUUAGCCUCCCUCCCUUUCUCUCUCUCUCUCUCUCUCUCUCGCUCUCUGUCGUCGAUCAGCGGCGCCCAUUUCGGCCGCUGCAGAGGACAAACACUAAUACUGUUGACUAACUCACUCGCAUAGACUUGCACAAGAGAGAAAAGGGUUGGAGAACAGUAGUGAAUAUGAUGACAGUGCGCUGAGGCCAUGUAUUUCCACUCUGAUGACUAUU